UCCCGCACUAGGAGGGGGAGAGGGGAAAGGGUAACAGGGCGAGACGGGUGUCAACACAAGUCUCCCCAACAAGUCUCUGCAGCCUCACUGGACCUUCAGGCUGUUUCUGGACAGACAGAAGGUUUUAAAAGAACAAACAAAUCGGCAACUGAAAAGUUUAAUUUGUUGCAGAGGAGAGAGGCUGUUUGGGGGAAAUCUGAGGGUUCCAGGCCCUCUGUGAGUGGAGUCCUGGCACUGGAGAUGAGAUCAGCGAUCAGGGACGAACACAGAAACAGUGCUGAGCAGGAACGAUGGCCGACUGGAACUUGCUGGCGAAGCUUCUGGAAAAGGCCCAGGAGCACUCGACAGUGGUGGGGAAGGUCUGGCUGACAGUCCUCUUCAUUUUUCGCAUCAUGAUUCUGGGCGCGGCUGCGGAGAAGGUGUGGGGCGACGAGAUGUCCGGCUUCACCUGCGACACCAAGCAGCCCGGUUGCCAGAACGUGUGCUACGACAAGACCUUCCCCAUCUCGCACAUUCGCUUCUGGGUGCUGCAGAUCAUCUUCGUCUCCACGCCCACGCUGAUCUACCUCGGCCACAUCCUCCACCUCGUGCGCAUGGAGGAGAAGGCGAAGCAGAAGGAGAAGGAGCAGGCUCAGCAUGGGAACGGCCACGCCCACCCGCUGCUGCCCAACGGCAAGCCCAAGAAGCCGUCGGUCCGGGACGACCAGGGCCAGAUCCGCCUGCAGGGGGUGCUGCUGCGCACCUACGUCUUCAACAUCAUCUUCAAGACCCUGUUCGAGGUGGCCUUCAUCGUGGGCCAGUACUUCCUCUACGGCUUCCAGCUGAAGCCGCUCUACACCUGCGACCGCUGGCCUUGCCCCAACAUGGUCAACUGCUACAUCUCGCGGCCCACGGAGAAGACCAUCUUCAUCAUCUUCAUGCUGACGGUGGCCUGCGUCUCGCUGCUGCUCAACCUCAUCGAGAUGUACCACCUGGGCUUCAAGAGGUGCCAGCAGGGCAUCCAGUACAGGCGCUCGAAGCUGGCCUACGAGGAGGGCUUCAAGCCGCCCAGCGAGGCCGCGGUGCCCUACGCGCCCGGCUACAACUUCUUCACCCAGCACCCCACCGGCCCGUUCCCGCACGACAUGCCUGCCCUGGGGGAGUCCGAAGUCCCGAUCAACCCGUACAGCACCAAGUCCGCGUACAAGCAGAACCGCGACAACUUUGCCGUGGAGCGGGGCGACAGGACCGAGGAGGUUUGCAACUCCAGGCCCGCCAGGGACUCGGGUUCGACCGGGGGCUCCGGCGAGGACUCUGCCGCUGGCUCCGCUCCUGGCUCCGUCCCCGGGUCUCCGGCGGAGAAGACGAGGAGGUACAGCCGAUCCAGCAGGCGCAGCAACAACAGGAGUAGAGAGGACGACCUGCGGGUCUGAGGAGGGACAGAAUGGGAGAUCUUUCCUUCAUUCCUUUCUUCCUGCCUGCCACUCGUUGGCUUUUUUCUGUGACAGACCCAUAUCGUGUGCUCUGGGCAGAGGGCGCUGUAUUGCUUAUGGCAGUUGCGACGGUAGUGCAGUGUUGGCCGAGGUUCUUCAUUACUGACGAUGUGGUCAGAGAGCACCGGUAGGCGGGGAACUUAACAGGCGUUUGGUUUCCAUGUGAACCUGUCAGUCUUUACUUUUGUGACGGGCUCUGUCUGACAUGUCGCCCACAGUGUUGUGCGACAAUGUGGUGGGCUUGUAGCUUGUGGAGGGUUGUACUUUUAGCGACACAUGUAAGAGUUACCUAGCCCAUGCUCUUGCGAGACAGAGCCACAGUAGAAACGUGUGAGAUGCACAGACAGCUGCUGGCCUAGGAAGCUCCUCUCUGUGGUGUUCCACACCUAGCUGGUAUUUUUACAGCCAGAGAUUCUAUGUCAGUCGUCACAUGUCACUCAAAUGAUGUUUUACUUUGAAAAUGCUGUUCUUGUCAUCGUAAAUACCUUAAAUUACAUCACCAAAAUACCUUAAGGUGUAUAUAUCUAUUGUGUGCAAUUGUAUUGCGUUUAUAAAAUGUACUGUGCAUUGUCUAAUUAUAGACAGAGCUGUGGAGGUCUGGGGCUUACUUUUACUUUUACUGUUUCACUUUUCACAAUUAAACUAUUUCUCACAUACUUCUCAGCCAUAAAGUACCAUCCAUUUAGUCAUUAUCAUGAAAAUACCUGCAAUCAAAAAUUAUUUUGUCUUACACAGUCAUUACUAUCCCCAGUCCUAUUCCUAUUUGUAUUAAUACUAUUGUUUACUAUUUGCGUCAUCUAUCUGAAAAGUCUUAUUUUGUUUUGUUUUUUCUCUAAAAUACUUCUAGUGUACCUUCCUUUUUAAAUCAAAUAAUAUAAUGAAGUCACUAUUUACUGGCUGUGAUUAGUUCAUUGUAAUUAUGCAAAUCUUUAAAAAAUGAUCAAUGAUCAUUAGCAUUUAAUGCCAUAAAUUAUACAUGCAUCUCACAAAAUAUUAUUAUUAUUAUUAUUAUUAUUAUUAUUAUUAUUAAAAGGUUCUGUGGUGCCACAGCAUUAUUCAAAUGGAAAACACUAUCGAUGGGUUUAUUUUGUCUGAACUGGCAACCUUAGAAACCAUGAAGAAUGAGAAACAGUUUUAAGGGAAGAUCCCUUACGGCUCUGCCUUAAGCUUGUGAGUGCUCUGCCGCAAAGACACUGAUCCCCCCCCCAGGACGAGGAUCCAUUCUGCCCCCCACGCUGUGUGGAGUCCUCACUCUCACCCACAGACUGGUGACCUAGCAUGGAAGAAGCCUUCUAGUUCUCACGGUGAUCCGCACAUCGCCAACACUCUCAAAGUGCUGGGCAGGAUUUCAGCAACAGAUACCUCUGGAAUGUAUUUCUGGAUUUAAACACUGAAAUAGACAGCAAAGCUUCAAAGCAGAGUGGCUCCAAGAGAUGUACAAAACUGCCACCAAAAAGAUGCAGCAGUUCACUGGCAUGCAAGCCCCAAGUGCUGAAUACAUGUACGGCCCAGUUCGCUGAGCAAUUUCCCAGACUGGAAAUGGACUUUUCUGAAUUCCGUUUUCUUAACUGUGCGUAUGGCUCUGUUAAGCCUCUCUUAAGUGUGAUGUCUUUGUACAGUAUGAGGUUGACGCUGUGAUGUACUUGAAGUAAAUUAAAAAAAGAUUGGUUUCCUUUUUUCUUA